UAUUUGUUUAUUUAUUUGUAAAGAGCUUGAUUAGAACAAAGGUUUGUCUUUUUACAGCCGGAAAAAGCACAGACACACACAUAUAUGCAAUCCUAAAAGUGUUUGAGUGCUUUCUGUGUCUCUUGGGGGUAAGCAGAGUGGGGCAGGAACUGUUCGAGACAACUGGGCUGACCAUUGGUCAGUUUAAUGGAAUGAAGGAGGGUCUUUAGUAAGCUUCAUCCGCUCAUGUGGCGAUUCGGUCGUUUAUUACAGAGUAACUACAGAAAUGACAACAGUAAACACCUCCUGGAUCUUCAUGAAGCAGGUGCCAUGAGCACAUACCGACACCUACCAGGUUUAUUUGAUCUUUUCUUCAAAAAAUUAAUAUUUACAAGCACAAUAGAAAAAAAUAAAUAAAAACCUAUGAUGUAGACUACUGUUGUGGACAGCUGUUGCUUAUUUUGAUCAAUAUAUUUUUUCCUAUUCAUGUCCCCUGGUGUGGGGAUUGUUGAAAUCAUUUCCCCUGCUGAUUUUGUACUUUUGCCCAAUGAGAAAGAAAUGAUCAGUCUAUAAUUUUAAUGCUAUGUUUAUUUGAACAGUGAGAGACAGAUUAACAACAAAAAAUCCAGAAAAACACAUCCAUUUCCAUUUUUAUGGUUGAAAUAAUGAUUUGACCCCUUCACAAAACAUGACUCUUGGUACUUGAAGGCAAAGCCCUUGUUGGCAGUCACAGAGCUCAGGUGGUUCUUGUAGUUGGACACCAGGUGAUUAAGGUUUCCAUGCUGAUGUUUUGCAGCUCCCGUCACACUAUAGGAGUAAUGUCUGUUUUGGAGAAAACCACGUUUCUGUCACAGUCUUCCGUGAGUGUUGUGUUUGUUUGGUGUCAUGUGCUCUCUCCUGUCUCUUUCGGUGCACGGCUGUGCAUGAGCUCUCUUGAUGAUGAGAAUAAGCUAAUGCUGACGGAGCGCGUGCGUCUGAAGUAUACUUUAGCCUUCACGCGAUCAGCAACUGGCUGUUUUCUGCCUUAUUGCAACUCUCUGUUCUAGAUUUGCACAAUGCCAUUUAUGUGAACAUAUGAAGUCUAUUAAAAGGCCAUUGACACAGGCCAGAGACGCUGAAGACAUCUUUUUUCUUAUUAGGAAACAAAUCAAAGAAAAAAUAUAUUAAUUCUACGGUUUUAAAUAUUCAGCAUGUUGCUCAAAACAAAAUAUAUUGUGUCCAGUUGUAAGCCAACUAAAAACAUAACAAAUCUGUUUGAUUGAUCAAUCCAUCUGAGUGAUUUUUCUCUUUGUGUUUGGUGUUUAUUAACAUUUAAGGAAUAAUUCACCCAAAAAUUAAAAUAGGUUAUUGUUUUGUUUUUUAAAUCGUCAUGUAACCCCAAAAACUAGUUUUAAACCUGAACGAGUCUUCUUCUGCUAAACAAACACUAUUUUCAGUUUCUGGUUCACAGUGACUUCCGGAGUAUUACUAUCAAUGCUAACGUGGACCAGCAACAUUACUACCUUUUUUAAUACCUUCAAAAUAGUUUUUUAACACCAGCGCGACUUCAAGCUGCAACUGCAGUGGCGUAAAUUAAAUAUCUUUCCAAAUGGAGUAACAUAUUGCAUCACGACAGCAGCGGCUCGCCCAUAGAGGGCGCUGGGGCGCCGACCUCCCUGUCAGUUUUUAUUUUUAUUUAAUUUUUUAUUUAAUAAUAAUAAGCUUUUAAUAAUCUCUCAUUUUGAAAAAUAAUCUGUGUUAAUGACAUGCUAUUAAUGGUUUUACUUUAGAAUGUGUUUAGAACUCUCCAGAUUGAUAUUUGCAUUCACUUCAUGUUGGUGUAGUAGUAGCCAAUAGGCUGUCUUCCCUGGGCUCCAGUUCGCUCAGCCCAACAGUGCUGGAAUUUAAGCCAAUGGAUACCCUGUUGCUACGCAAAAAAGUUUAUAUUUUGCCAAUCAUCGUCGUCAAAUUUUAUGGUUUGGGGGCUCUGAAAAUAUCGCCUGUGAUUAGAGCAGUGCACCUGCUGCACCACGGGAUAUUUACCUCAGAGGAGUACGAGUGCAGUAUGGAGGCGCCGAUGAAGUCGAGUAGCUUUAAUGAAGUCGUGGGAGUUGAGCUAGCCCCAAAUUCAGUUAAAUCUCUACACCUGUAUCCAUUUGAAAGAAGAACAUUAGCGGAAAAACUAAUUGUAAAAGAACUCGGACCAUACCAGAAGUGAAUAUAACCCAACAGGCGCGAGAAAAGGAGAAAACCUACAAGAGAUCAUUUUCCCGAGGUUGGUUCAAUCGAAAGCUUUGGCUUACUAGCUGUGGUUACGCCAAUGCAAUCUUUUGCUUCCCUUGCUUACUGUUUAAAUCAAGUGCUUGUGAUAGCUCGUGGACACAGACGGGGUAACAGACCUGAAACAUAUGUCAGAACGCAUUAAGAAACACGAACGGGCAAGAGUGCAUAUGGACAACUCUGUGAAGCUAGCCAUGUUAGGCCGAAUUAGCAUAGCCACACAGCUAGAUGAGGGACACCGCAUUGCGAUAAGAAGCACAAUGAAGAGGUGGACAGGAAUCGGCAUAUUUUGUCAAAGAUCAUUGAUGCCGUGAAAUUUUGUGGUGCCUUUGAACUUGCUUUGCGUGGUCAUGAUGAGAGUGAAGCCUCAGAAAACCCUGGCAUCUUCCUGGGUCUAAUUGAUCUCAUGGCCUCAAUCGACCGCGAGUUGGAGGUGCAUCUGGAGAACGCCACUGUUUUUAAAGGCACUUUGAAGACCGUGCAGAAUGAACUGUUAGACUGCAUGUUGUCAGUUCUCAGAGACCGCAUUCUGGAAGAGGUGAAACAGUCGGAUUAUAUUGCCAUUCAGACAGACGAGACAACCGACAUAUGCACUCAUUGUCAGCUUGUGCUUGUGUUACGGUACAUAUAUGGCCACAACAACAUUCAAGAACGCUUUUUUGAGUUUAUCGCGCUUCCAAAUGCGACCGCUGAUACAAUUGCCACUGCAUUAUUGGAAAGGUUCCUGCGGGACAAGAGGGAAAAUGAAUUGCCCAGGCCUAUGAUGGUGCCGCAUUGAUGAAGGGUGCUACUGGUGGAGUGCAGCGUAAAGUGCAAGACGUCUACGGGUGUGCAUACUACGUUCAGUGUUAUGCGCAUCAGUUGAACCUCAUUAUGCAGCAGGCAACAUCCCACAUCCCAAAGAUCAGCCAGUUUUUUUUCAGAUGUAGGGGGGUUUUUCUACAUUUUUCCAAGUCAUUCAAACGAAUGGCAGUGCUGGAUGAAGUGGUGGCACACAGACUUCCAGGUGCUUCAACAACGCGAUGGAACUUCCACAGUCGAGCUGUUAACACCGUUUACGAGCACAAAGACGAACUGGUUAAGUGCUUCCAAACCAUUCGAGACAGAGGAGACUUUGAUGCCAUAUCGAAGAGAGAGGCCGGGAGUUGUAUGAGAAUGUUGGACGAUGAGGUUUUCUGUUUCAUCCUGGCGUUAUUCCACAAAAUCAUGCCACAUGUAGACAUGCUGUUUAACCAUCUGCAGAAGAGGAACAUAGACUCUGUCUUCAUCGCAGGGAUCACCCAGAGGUUCACUCACAGCAUUCAGGCCAUCAGGGACUCCGUUCCUUCGCUAGUUGAGGAUGAGGAGUAUAGGGGACCUGUACAGGAACCACCCCUGAAGAAACAGAGGGCAAUGGGAGAAGAAACGCAACAGCAUCUGUCAAUAGAGGUAUGUGAUACCAUUAUGAGCCAUGCCAAGGAGAGGUGUUCUUUCACCAAUCAUCUCAUCAGUGCCACUCUGUUGCAAGGAGACUUGUUUCCACAACACAGCAGAAAGUUCCCGGAUUCAGCACUAGGAACCACAGUGGAUGCCUAUCCCAUGUUGGACAAAGCCAGACUUAAAACAGAACUGUCCCUGAUCUAUGAAAAUGAGGACUUCCAGGGUUGCAGUGGUGCACUGGCUCUCUUUCAGGUUGUAAUGGAAAAUAACCUUCAAGACACAUUCACCGAAACUAUAAGUCUUCUCAAGAUCCUCAUCACCACACCAAUGACAACCGCAGAAUCAGAGAGGUGCUUCUCAACUUUAAAGAGGAUACAGACUUUCCUUAGGAACACGAUGGCACAAGAUCGCCUCAACGCUCUGGCUAUGCUCUCUAUAGAGAAAAAACUCACACGGGACAUUCCAGAUUUCAACACAAGGGUCAUUGAGAGAUUUGCCACUCGACGAGCAAAGUUCCUGUACAAAUAAGAGUUCUCCAUCCCCUUCACUCUCACUCACACAUUCACUCCAUCUACUUCUCUCAUACACAAAUCUAACUGUCACAGACACCAUGUGUUAGUCUCUCUCUACUCUUUACUCUCUCUCUUUCUCUCUCACCCUCCCAUCUAUCUCUCCGAUAGAUUACAAGCAAUAUUAUUGAUUAAAUUAAAAAAAAUUGAAUUUAGUCAUUAAAUUAAUUUCUUAAAAGUUAACCAUUUAAAAUGAGUAAAAUUUACAAUUUUUUUUUAACACAAAUAUCUGAAUUAAAAAUUCUUUAUUUUUUAUUGCCAACAUUGAAGACACCUGAUGUUAACGAGCAGAGUUAAUUAACUUCUGAGCUAGUUUAACUUUAGUAAUUAUAGCAGCACUGGCCUUGUACGGCGUAAUAUUUUUAACUUUCACAAUGUAAUCCAUUUUAUGAUGUUAUAAAGCAACAUGCUUUAUAAUUGUCACCAUUGUUGAGAUUCACAGGCUGAUUCUUGAUGUCUGUGUCUCUCUUUUUUGUAUAAGAGAAACCUUUUAGAAAUUAUUUGGAUUACAUUGUAAAUCUAGCGUAUUCAUUUUUAUGCUGUCAUUCUCUUACUCACUCAGUCUCUCUCUCACUCACACUCACACACAUCAUAUUUCACACACAUUUCCCAUUAAAAUAGUGAUCUCAGUAUGAAAUGUAACCGUAUGUUUGCUUUUUUUGUUUUGAAGUUCUGAGCUGGAUUACUGUGUUUCCAUAAUAGUUAAAAUGUUGAAAUCUUCUCUCUUCUCAUACUUCAUGUUCUUCAAGGAUGUUGUCCCACCCUUUCUUUGAGAACCUUCUCUCUUUAUCAACACAGACUGUUAUCCAUUAUCCAAUUUGUCUACAGUGAACUUUUAAAGAUAUGUAGUCUACAGCUGGGGAUUGAUUAAAGAACUAGAUUGUUGUAUUCCCUAUUAUAAUUUAUUGUUAUGCGUUUGCACUUUUUCUAUCUGGACACGGAGCAUAAUAAACUUGCAACUUGUUCAUUAUCAUUACCUGUGAAACUGUUGAUUUCUACAUGGCAGUUCAAUUAAUAUUGUCUUUUUAGACCAUUGUUAUUGACUGGUUUGAGCUAUAAGCAAGGGACAUGGGUGUCCUAAAAUGCACCAGAAUGCAGGUAAUCACAACUAUGAAAUAAAAAAAUUUCUGGGGGAGGAGCCCCCAGACCCCCCGCUUUAACAGCCCCACCUAAAAUAUUUUUCACCAGCCGCCACUGCAUCACGAUAUGACGAGGUCAUGAUAACUUCACAUCAACACUGGACUCAAACACUGUCACAGAGACGAGAAGAGAGAUAAAGACAGAAGAGGAACAUCUUCUUCAUACAUCAUCAGUCAAAUGGUUUUACAGAGGGAAUUCGGUCUCUUUUUGUCACUCCAUAAUUCUGAAAAUCAGGAAAACAAUACAUUUUCACAAU